GGGCGUGUGAGCGAGUGAGACACAAGAAAAGGGAGCGCGCCCGCCGCCGCCGCCGCCCUCCUCAGGAGAGAGAGGCUGGAGUGAGGCUGUGCGAAGCGCCGCAUUUCAAUGAGGACGGGCCAAGGCGCAUCCCUGCACUAGCGGCCACCGCAGCCCAGACGCCCCCGCUCCCGCAGCCGCUGCCGCCCAGCCCGCCCCCGCUGCCGCCCCCCGCCCCAGCCCCACAGCCCCGGCCGCGCCCAGCCCGGCGAGGACAGCACCAGAAGGCGGCCCCCAGCGCGGCCACAAAGACCCACGGCGGCAGCUCUCUGCGGACCGGUGCCACGUUCAGCCCAUCAUGUCGUUUGGCAGAGACAUGGAGCUGGAGCAUUUCGACGAGCGGGACAAGGCGCAGAGGUACAGCCGCGGGUCCCGCGUGAACGGCCUGCCCAGCCCAACGCACAGCGCCCACUGCAGCUUCUACCGAACCCGCACACUGCAGACGCUCAGCUCGGAGAAGAAGGCCAAGAAAGUUCGCUUCUAUCGAAAUGGAGAUCGCUACUUCAAAGGGAUUGUGUAUGCCAUCUCCCCAGACCGGUUCCGAUCUUUUGAGGCCCUGCUGGCUGACUUGACCCGAACUCUGUCGGAUAACGUGAAUUUGCCCCAGGGAGUGAGAACGAUCUACACCAUUGAUGGGCUGAAGAAGGUUUCCAGCCUGGACCAACUGGUGGAAGGCGAGAGUUAUGUUUGUGGCUCUAUAGAGCCCUUCAAGAAACUGGAGUACACCAAGAAUGUGAACCCCAACUGGUCAGUGAACGUCAAGACCACCUCUGCUUCCCGGGCGGUGUCUUCACUGGCCACUGCCAAAGGGAGCCCUUCCGAGGUGAGGGAGAAUAAGGAUUUCAUUCGGCCCAAGCUGGUCACCAUCAUCAGAAGCGGAGUGAAGCCUCGGAAAGCUGUUAGGAUUCUGCUGAACAAGAAAACAGCUCAUUCCUUUGAGCAGGUCCUCACUGAUAUAACCGAUGCCAUCAAGCUGGACUCGGGAGUAGUGAAACGCCUGUACACGCUGGAUGGGAAACAGGUGAUGUGCCUUCAGGACUUCUUUGGUGACGAUGACAUUUUUAUUGCAUGUGGACCGGAGAAGUUCCGUUACCAGGAUGAUUUCUUGCUAGAUGAAAGUGAAUGUCGUGUGGUGAAGUCCACUUCCUACACCAAAAUAGCUUCAUCAUCCCGCAGGAGCACCACCAAGAGCCCAGGACCUUCCCGGCGCAGCAAAUCCCCGGCCUCCACCAGCUCAGUUAAUGGAACCCCUGGUAGUCAGCUCUCUACUCCACGAUCGGGCAAGUCGCCAAGCCCAUCACCCACCAGCCCAGGAAGCCUGCGGAAACAGAGGAGCUCUCAACAUGGUGGCUCCUCUACUUCACUUGCAUCCACCAAAGUCUGCAGCUCGAUGGAUGAGAACGAUGGCCCUGGGGAAGAAGUGUCGGACGAGGGUUUCCAGAUUCCAGCCACAAUAACAGAACGAUAUAAAGUUGGAAGGACAAUAGGAGAUGGGAAUUUUGCUGUUGUCAAAGAAUGUGUAGAAAGGUCUACUGCUAGGGAGUAUGCUCUGAAAAUUAUCAAGAAAAGCAAAUGUCGAGGCAAAGAGCACAUGAUCCAGAAUGAGGUGUCUAUUUUAAGAAGAGUGAAACACCCCAAUAUUGUUCUUCUGAUUGAGGAGAUGGAUGUACCAACUGAACUGUAUCUCGUCAUGGAAUUAGUAAAGGGAGGAGACCUUUUUGAUGCUAUCACUUCCACUAACAAAUAUACCGAGCGAGACGCCAGUGGGAUGCUGUACAACCUGGCCAGCGCCAUCAAAUACCUACACAGCCUGAACAUUGUCCACCGUGACAUCAAGCCGGAGAACCUACUGGUGUAUGAGCACCAAGAUGGCAGCAAAUCACUGAAGCUGGGCGACUUUGGACUGGCCACUAUUGUUGACGGCCCCCUGUACACAGUCUGUGGCACCCCAACAUACGUGGCUCCAGAGAUCAUUGCAGAGACUGGAUAUGGCCUCAAGGUGGACAUCUGGGCAGCUGGUGUAAUCACUUACAUCCUGCUGUGUGGUUUCCCUCCGUUCCGUGGAAGUGGUGAUGACCAAGAGGUGCUUUUUGAUCAGAUUUUGAUGGGGCAGGUGGACUUCCCGUCUCCAUACUGGGAUAAUGUUUCUGAUUCUGCAAAGGAGCUCAUCACCAUGAUGCUGUUGGUCGAUGUCGAUCAGCGAUUUUCAGCCGUGCAAGUCCUUGAGCACCCCUGGGUUAACGAUGAUGGCCUCCCAGAAAAUGAGCAUCAGCUGUCAGUGGCUGGAAAGAUAAAGAAGCAUUUCAACACGGGCCCCAAGCCGAACAGCACAGCAGCUGGAGUGUCUGUCAUAGCACUGGACCACGGGUUUACCAUCAAGAGAUCAGGGUCUUUGGACUACUACCAACAACCAGGAAUGUAUUGGAUAAGACCACCGCUCUUGAUAAGGAGAGGCAGGUUUUCCGACGAAGACGCAACCAGGAUGUGAGGAGCCGGUACAAGGCACAGCCCGCUCCGCCAGAAGUCACCUCGGAAUCGGAAGACUACUCCCCAAGCUCCUCCGAGACUGUUCGCUCCCCCAACUCACCCUUUUAAUAAGACCCUUUUACUCAAAGUCCUAGCUUAACCCUUUGAGACUCUGAGGUUGUUUUUUUUCCAAAUUUAUGUAAAACAGUUUCAUCUGAUCUAUCUAGCACUCAAAGCUUGAAUGGCAGAACAGACAGUGUGUUUUCAGGUAUCUUCAUGGCAAUUUCCCCUUAUUGAAUGGCCCAGGGGGGUUUGUGAAGAUUGUGAUUUGCUGCUAUAGGGUCCUCAAAGGGUUAAGGCUAAUUUGCAGUUUUUUAAAACAUAGAAGCAAUGAAUGUUUUCAUCCUUCGAGCUAGAUCUGCAGUACGUAUUAGAGCACGUUAACCCUCUGAGUGCAUAGAAUUUUACUGAGAACCCUUCUUAAGGAAUGUUUCCGGUCUUUGGGUGUAUACACACAUAGUUCUUGAUGCUGCAGAGCAUGGGGUGUUAUUAGAUGCUGAAAUAUCCAAACAGGAAGGGCAUCUGGAAUGAUACUCUUGCUUGUCCUCUGUGGGUUUAGAACAUGGUAGGCCUAUAACUUGGACAUAGGCACCCCUCUGUCUUCUUCACAAUCCUAUUAAGAAAGGGAUUUUUUUUUAAAAAAUUGUCAUUGGAGGUAUAACUAUUAGCUACAGUGAGUCCUGCACCCUGAGUGGAGGGAAUUGGGUCUGUGGUCAACAGCCUGACUCAAGAAACAGAAGGGGCCCCUCCCCCAAAUCAUCCCCCUAUGAAGCUGUACUAAUGAUGCCCCAGAAAUGCUGCUUCCACAUCAGCUGCUGCUAGUACCAGCACAGACCCUCCAGGAACCACAGUUUGUCUCGUGCUGGGUGAAUGAGGGUCUGCUGCUCGGUAUCAGACAUCUACCCAGAAGAAACAACUGGUAGAAAAGAGCAAUAAAUUGCCAGGUGCUCCACAGGGCUGGAAUUUCUAGCAGAAAGAGGAAACAAGAUCCUGUGCUUUUUCUCACCUGUUUUUUCAUGCCCUGUGGUUGUCAGUGUGAAAUCCCCCACUGAGUAUGAAAUCCAUACAUGGGAGAGCUGGGGCAAGUGCUUUGUAAGAUGGCCAAGCACAGUGGGAACACAAUCCAGAAUGUUCUAAAAAUGGGUUAUAAAGAGGUAUACCACUGAUAUGACAAUGCCAUGUGCACCUUUAGGUUACCUGUUUGGUCUCCCAGGAAAGAUCAAGAUGGAAGACCCAGAAGAUAACCCUGAGGACAGAUCUUCCAUUCUGGAAGAUGGUUUUCCUACACCACUGUUUUCAGUUGUCCAGGGGAACAUGGAUUUGUCUUGGGGCCAAGCCCUGUCUGAGGCCUGUAUUUUCACUCUGGUUACCAAAUCCAUCUCCCUAACCUUGCGUUUCCAGGCCUGUGUUUCUUCUGGAAUGUAGGAGUAUUGCAUUUCAGAAUGGGGGCCUUCGGCUUCCUGUGCAUUACCACAGAGCUCAGAGGAGAGAGUACGGGGUCUCAGGAGGCAAGGGCCAACUCGAAUGUCCCCAAUUCUGUGAUCAGAGACAGCCAGUGAGUGGUGUUUUAUGAACUUCACAUCUGGAUGGCUGAACAGUCCUUACGUUUCCUGUUUUGCAUAUACUUUAGAAUCUGAGAGCCUUGAAAUUUCUGAACGACCAUUCUAUGGUCAGUUCUUCAUUUUCAACCACACAUUGAUCUUCAGUCACUGCUUUUUAUUCUUAAACCCUUCACUAUGUUAAUACAGAAAUUAGUCAUCAUAUGCCGUUGUCUUGGCAACACAGCCUCCCAGAGUGCUGCUCUUCCACAUGUAGGUUCAUCUCUAUGGACUGUGUGGUCCUGAUGUGUAAACAGAGGUUUUCUCUCCUUUUAGAGAGAGUCCAGAAAUGAUCACUUACAAAACACGAAGUAGCAUUAACCAGUAAAUCCACAGAGUCGUUUGAGGGAGGGAGGUGUAGAAGGCAGAGCACAGAACACCAGGAAGGCUGCUGGUGUGUAGGUCAAGUCCAUGUUACUUGACUGAACUGUUAGAAAUGACCACUUUCUCUAGAACUACAAAGCAAAGCACUAUUCUAAGGCUGAGGAGUGGCUGCCGAGCUUGACUUCAACUCUGAAUGUGCCAGUGUGCAGAUUCCUUCGGGUUGAGAUCUACCUGAGUAGAUUGUUGUUUCCUUUAUUUCUCUGAAUUACGGCCUUUCCCGUGCGCACUCAGUGUGUUGCUGCGGCAUCUAGUGUCCAGACCCCUCAGUGCAUGGCCCGGGCUGUUUGCCAUCAACUCCUCGGGGGGCACUGUGGACGGUGCAGGCUGGGGAGUGUUUCUCAGCACAGGGCCGACAGGCAAGCAGCUCAGAAAAAUGCGGGGCUCCUUCAUCCUGGGGAGCCCAACACAGCAGCUACAGAAUCCAAGUGACUAUGCUGAAUAAACAGUGGAAUGUGACCUGUCAAGUAGAAAUAUUGAGUAAUCAGAUGGAAUGCAAUCUUUCCAGCAUUAAGCUACCAAGAUCCUGAAUGUCAGAGAUGUACUCAGAGGGUUAACAGACAAGCACAAGGCAUGCUGAUUACGUUGGUGUAUCCAGAUUGCUUUGCUUUUAGCCAGUGCUUUCUAAUUUUUUUCUUGACAUUCUUGGGAUAGUUCAAGUUUGAAAUAAUUAAGUGGUGGUGUUCUUUAGGGAAUUUCUAUAACCAAAUUGAUCUUAUUUUUUAUUUCACUUAUCAUAGAACAAAUAUGUACCAUUAUGGCAGUGUAUCUCUGUAAUUAUCAAUUUACUCAUCACCACAAGUGUUUCCAUAUUUUGUUUUCCAAGUAUUUACUAUAGCUGUUAUGGUGGUGGCCUGGUGAUGGGGACUGUCUUUCCUUUACUGACAAUUGACCAACCAUAUGGUAUUUUCAAGGGAAUUUCAAUAUUCCUCUUUUCAGUUUGAUAAUAGACUAGAUAAGGAAGAACUCCUUCAUUACUUGCAUCAUGUAAGUCAUCUCUGUAGAUGAGAACUGUUCAUAUUAAUGAACAUGUUUUUUCUCAGCAUUGUAGCAGAAAUCAUUUUAUUUGUUAUGAUCAAUGAAUAUGUGAUUUGCUCCAGAUCAUUAGAAGGAAAAGUAAGAUCUCCAUCAUUGAACAUGUUUUUGCCAUAGCCCUCAUCUAACUUACACGUGGUGCAUAUUAAAAUAAGCAAAGAAAAAUGUGAAUAAACUACUGAAAACACUUGGUGUUUUGUAUUCAAUGAGACCUUCCUGAAACCUGCUCACCACCCCCAUGGGUGGUGGCUAACAGGCCCGUCAGAUAUUGUUGAAAGAAAGCAAUAUAUCCAUGAAUGAAAGCUAAAAUUGCAAUCCUUUGCCCUUUGAGGCAUAUUUCAGUUGAAAGAAAAAAGAAAGAAGAAAAAUUGGCUUAGAAGGUCACAAGAGCUACUGUAUGACCAAGGCUCAAGCACAUUAAAUCACGGUUGUUUGCUGGCCAAUGGCUUCCAUUAGACAAGUCUAUCCCCAGAGUCCAGGCUCGCUUAUGUUGAGGGAGAGUUUUCUUAAUAUUAUUGUGUUGCCCCUAGUCCUUCUGUGGGUAAGGAUCUGUCAACAUUUCCAUGAUAAACUCUUAUUCUCAAAGGUUUUUAAUUUGACCAUAAAAAUGGGCCCCAGGCUGAAGUUUGCUCUACAGGGCCUGCAUCAAGGGGUGAAAGUUCACUUCAUUCUCUUCCCAACUUUUUCCCAAUUCUCAUGAGGAAAGAAUAAUAAUUUUAAAACUCCAGUACAUCCCCUCAUUAGUUGUGACUGUAGAAUUUUGGACAGUACCAAGAUCCAAGAUGGUAGUACUACUGUAAUUAUUCAUUUGGAUGUAGCAUUUUUUUUUUAGUUGAUGGGUCACUGGGCAUGUAUUGUAAAUAGCAUAUCCUUUCUCUAUGUUUUUAAUCUUUUAAACUGCUACAUGUUUUUUUGGACCAAAUAUUUUUAAAAACUUGAAGUUGGUCAGUUUAAAGGUCAGCCUUUCUCACAUACUGUCUGCCAUUUCCAUUAGGAAUUUGGGGAAAAUACUCUCAAGUAGCCCCUUGUUUUGCAUGCAGUAUGCAGGGUCAAUGUGUGCUUUUUGGAGCUAGGGCUUUCUGAUUUAAUCAUCGAAAUCUAAUCUAUUGGGGAAGAUAGUGAUUAAAGGCACUUCCAAAGUUAACAUUUUUGUCAAUUCACAUAUGAAAAGAAAAGCAUAAAGUAUAACACACUUCACCCUUUUUUGGUUAAAGCAAAUGAAUCAACAAAACUUGAGGACACACUAAACAGUUAAUAACUGCGUAUUUGCUUUAAAAAUUGGAUCAGUGGUGCUCACCAAUGAAACAGUGACAAAUGGGUCCCGAGGACUGACAGAAAGAAUCUUGGGUUUGUAUGUAAUUACAUACUUGAGAGGAAGUACUUUUAAGUCGGUCUUUUAUUUUUUAAUCAUCUCAGAUAUGCAACCAUCCAUCCAGCAACAUUAAGGGUCACAGGCUGGUGGGAAACAGGAAAUUUAGAGUGGAGGCUUAGAAGGCCUCUGGUUGGGGUAUGAUUUUUGUAAUUUGCGUGUUUGGUUUUGUGUUUGUGUUUUCAUUUUCGUUUUUCUUGUUGCUGAGCUUCGACACUGAGGAUGCCAUGGUGGUCAUUUUCCGCAAGCAAGCCUCUAACUGACAGGUGUCACGAUCAUGAGGUUUGCAAAAUCUUGCCCACGGAGACAAAUAGAAGAUCCAGUUUCAUUCUUUUUCCCUAAAGAAAGAACAAUCUCUAAAAUAAAGCUAACUGUACAUUUCUACUGAGACCCUUAAUGUUGUUUUAAUGUAAAAUUGUAUAUUUUUGUCUGUGAUAUACUUUAUGAAUUUAAAGUAAGUAAUAGAUCUAAGGCCUUCACUGUCAGUAUUAAAAGAAAGUAGAAUUUUAAAAAUGAUGAUAAAGAUGCUAUAAUGUCAAUUCAUUCCAGUCCAAUUGAAUGUGGUAAGGAAAAAAAAAAAAUCUUGAAUGGUUCUCUAGGGACAAUUUCUCACUUGCCAUUGACAUUAAUCUUUGGUGUAUUCUCAGAAAAAAUAAAAAGAAAUUGAAACUGGUCCAAAGGUUAGAGUCAUAGCCUCAAUAACUUCUUUAAAAUUUUUUAUUAGGAAAUUAAUAAUAGCCUUUUUCAUUCUGGCUGAAAGAAAAUUAUUAAAGGAUUAGUUGAGUGUGAAAUUAAAGAGUAUUUUGCUCAUGCAUACUGAAAAGGGGGGCUGGGAACUUGCUGCAUUUAAACAAGUUUCUGAAAGGUUUCAAUUUGAUGUGUGAAAAAAUUCAAUGUUUCCUUUGAAAAUACUGAAUUUAUCACUUGCUGCAUGGAUCAGAUGGUAUAAGUUAAUCUUUGAUUUUCAGAAUCCUAAUGAAAUAACUUUCAAAUGAUUUGUAUCCAUGAUUAAAGGUGGAAUGAGAUCCAAUUUUCCCCCUAAUCCUUUGGUUUAAGUGAAUAAAUGUAGGUUAAUGUGGAAUGAAAUCAUCUGUGAUAUAUCAUGUUCAUUUAUCAACUGAGCUUUUUUGAUGUUGCCUGUUUUUAUGUAAAACAUGUUCUUAAAGUUAAUAAACUAUUAGUACUUGG